GAGAGUUUCUAUAGCACAGUAGAAAGUGCUUGGCUACAGGUUAACGGGAGAAAAACUACAACUCCCAAGAGGGGAAGGGUUGAGAGAGAAAGAGCCUUCGCUGACCUAGGCCGGAGGUCGGGUUCUCGCGCGCGCUUGCGCCGUGUAAAGCCUGCUGGGGAGGAGAAGGAAGAAGCCGAACGUGAAGCCGAGGCUGUGAGCUGGGCCAGAAAGUAGCCCUUGGACGGGCUGCGAUCCGGGCGGCCUCGCGCGGGACGGCGGCAGGAUGAGCGCCACCGGGGAGUCCCAGCCCGAGCAUGGCCACGGAGUGAAGCGAGCGGCCUCCCCCGAUCUUGGAUCUAGCAGCUGGGAGGCAGCAGACCUAGGUAAUGAAGAAAGAAAGCAAAAGUUCUUGAGACUUAUGGGUGCUGGAAAGAAAGAGCAUACUGGCCGCCUUGUUAUUGGAGACCACAGAUCAACUUCUCAUUUUAGAACAGGGGAAGAAGACAAGAAAAUGAAUGAUGAGCUAGAGACUCAGUUCCAGCAAAGCAUGGACAGCACCAUGUCAGGAAGGAACCGGCGGCAUUGUGGACUCGGUUUCAGUGAGUUGGAGGAAGACAAAGGAGAUCAAGAGGAUACGAGAGACUCCCUUGAGCCAGAAAGCUCAGAGGACUCGGAAAGCGAUUCUGAGUCUGAACAGGAAGAGACUGCAGAAGAGCCGCAAUCUACUGAAAAGCACAACGAUGCUGAGGAUCCUGAAGCUAAGAAAAAUGCAAAAAGCAACUAUAAAAUGAUGUUUGUUAAAUCCAGUGGUACAUAACUACAGAUCAAAUGAGCCUUUCAGAAAAGUAAGCCUUAUAGUUACAGUGCAAAGUAUUGGACUGCUUACAGCACAGGCCUUUCUAUUGUGGUUUUAAUAAGGCCCUUUAAAAGAGAGAAUAGUGUUUGCUUUACCAUCACCUUGAAACUAUUUUUAUCAGCAUGACUGUCUCCAUUUUGUUUUGUAAAAUAUGAACAUAAAAUUGGGUUGGGGGAGGGUGCAACUUAGUUCUCAGUCUACUUUUACAUGACUCUUCUGUCUCCCUUCCUUUUCCAUGAUGGCUAUUAAACCUUUCUUAAGCUUGGUAAAAUGAUUUAUUGAAAUGAUACAA